ACGCAGAACAUAUCUUGCCGUUCUUGGUGAGGAAAACAAUUGCGCUCAUACACACACACACACCACAAUAAGAAAGCAUGUUCGCUUUGAGAUCCUCCUCAAGGGGUAUCCUUGGUUCCCGAUUCCAAGUAUCAACAACGUGGCGAAGGCUUCCAAAUCAUGUUCCACAACAAAGGAGCAGCAGCAACUGCUAUAGAAUGGGCAUUACAUCUGCGUUCAAGGGGCUUCGCCGCAGCCGCUAUGCGAUUGCGAAUUCGCCUGGUAUUUUAACGCCGUCGCGGCAUGCCUCCAAAUCAAUGCGAGCCGCAUCUUCUGGAUCCUCCUCCGCGAGUAGCACCAGCGUUGUACCGCUUCCUACGCGGGAGCAGCUCUCAAUCCUCGCCAUCCGGUCCGCCAUCCCGAUGGUCGGCUUUGGCAUAAUGGACAACGUCGUCAUGAUCACCGCCGGGGGCGCCAUCGACUCCACCAUCGGGGUCUCCCUGGGAAUCUCUACCAUGGCGGCCGCCGGUCUGGGCCAGUGCUGCAGCGACGUUGCGGGGAUCACCUCGGGCGGGAUCGUGGACGCGGCCGUGUCGAGGCUGAACCUGAGGCACCACGGCUUGUCACCGCAGCAGCUGGACACCCGGGUUGCCCGCGUGUGCGGGACGAUCGGGGCCUGCGUCGGGGUCGUGACGGGGUGUUUGCUUGGAAUGACGGUGCUGUUCUGGUGAGUACUAGAGCAAUGGAUUGACCGGCUCGCUGCCACUAGGCAUUCGAAGCUUGGCUUUGUUUUUUCGUUGUUUGGCAAUUCAUAGGAUUUUUAAUAGAUCCUAAACCAUUAGGAGAUGUGGCUCACGUGAUUUUUUGUGUUUGGCAGCAUGGAUACGGACAAGGCCGACCGAGCGAGGCGCGCAAAGGAACUGAAGAGCAUAUUCGAAUCGGUCAUGAACGACGGGCAUAAGCUGGUGGGAGCCGAGCGGGCAACCCUGUUUCUGAUCGAUGAAGACUCGAAUGAACUGUGGUCGCAGGUUGCUACCGGAAUGGAAGGGGAGAACAUCAUCAAGGUCCCCUCCACCAAGGGCUGUGUCGGAACAAGCGUUACGAACAAUAUCGUUUGUAACGUUCCGGACGCCUACGCAUCGGAAGACUUCAACAAGGAAAUCGACGUUUCGACCGGUUACAGGACGGUCAGCAUUUUGGUAGUGCCGAUUCGAUCGGAGAGCGGCAAGGUCCUCGGGGCCAUUCAGAUGAUCAACAAAAAGCAGCAACCGCAGGAAGGAUUCGAUGGUGAUAUUGCCGACAACAGCAAUGACGCAACAAUAAUCCCCUUUUCGGAAAACGAUGAGAAGGUUGUUAGUGUCCUAGCGUCUCAUGUAGCGUCUUUUAUCCGUGUGGUGGAAUCAUCGGAGUGAGGACCACAGAAAUUUUCUUGGAAUCAGAUAGCAACUACAAAAUUCUAGAGCUAUAGCUCAUCCCGUGCCUCGGGACAAAAAUGUUUCUCACCGAGACUGGAAAUCUUCGUAGGACAAAAUGACUGGAAUUUCGAUGUGUUGUGAUUCAAUUACAUAUGCCAGAGAAAGCAAACAAAUGGAACCUUUCUUC